UUUUUGAUAAUCAGACCGGAAGUUGAAUUACUUAAAUCCGGGCACCUUGACGUGGUGUCGCUGGCCGCCCAGAGCAGAGAAAUCCACGGCUGUUGGUCGGUGUGUUUGGUGCGAGAGACGACUGUUUAUUCCCAGCGUUUACUGGAUUUAAAGACUCACCAGUCAACUUCAGAGUAAAUACUUCCACUCUCUGGCUCCGUAAAUCACGGGACAAUGAAUGGUAAGUCCACGAACGGUUCUGUGGGAGGAAUGGCCUGUAUCGAGGGGCUGCCCCCGCUGCCGAAGAGCCUGAGCGGCUUGCUGAACUCAAGCGGCGGCUCCUGGAGAGAAAUGGAGAGGAUGUACGUGAAGAAGACCAUGAUCCAGGACGACCUGAGCCGAGGCAGGAACAACGCCGACAACCUGCUGGCCAACAAGCCGGCCAACCUCGACGCUGCCCUGGCUCUGCUGCGGAAAGAGAUGGUGGGCUUACGUCAGCAGGACAUGUCCCUGCUGUGCCAGCUGUGGUCGCUCCACGAGUCGAUCCAGGAGUACAAGGGCAGCUGCCAGGACCUGAGCGCCGCCUCCAGCCUCAGCAUGAUGGAUAACGGCUACUUUGACGAGGAUGACGAGUAUUACCCAGAGCCCGGUGCCACCCCCACCGGAGAACAGCCAGACGGAGAGGUCGGAGACGGGACGGCAACAAUGGCAGCAGCCAAGAACGGGAGCAGCAGCAGCAAAGACGACAGCUGGGACUCCUUUCACGUUACCAUCUGAGGCCUCAUUCUCGGCACUGUUCUGCAGAUGGAUACAUAUUUUUGGGGGGUAAAGCUGGAGGAAAAGCCGCGAGGCUCAGGAACCCUUUUGGAUGGAAUUAAACUGGUUGGUUAGAGAUAGCUGCUUGUGGUAUCUCGUUACCAUAAUAGACUCCAGCUUGACUUCAACUCCUCAGGUGAAACGCACCCCUGCUUGUGCUGCAGAAUUUUUGUUUUUCUUUUGCAGCACGACCAGGAGCUUCAUCAGACUGCGGAGCUGAGAGGCCGGGUGCCUAGUUGACGCCCUUUCAAACUCAGGAGUUGAGACGGAUUGUAUUCCAAGACUCCAUAUACUCAAAAUUAGGCAAUAUAUAUAAUUCCUUUUUAUAAACAGCUCUACUGCUGCUUCUAUAUCAAGUGGUUUUGCUAGCCAGUCACCCUUUUUGGCAGAACUGUUUUUUUUUACAUAUACAAAAAUAUAUGAACAAAGUUGUAUUAUUUAUUAUAUAAUAUAAAUAACAAGAUAUUUGCUUUCCGGUUGCUCUCGAUGGAAGUUUUGUACUGCAACUCUACCCAGGUACAAGGGUACAGCAUUUACAGGUUGGGAAUCCCGGAAAUUGGGACUUCAAAGCAAGCACAGAGGACAGGACUUCUGAACUCUUCAAUCGGUGUUGGUGCAAAGAGACUGUGCGGACAUGCUGACGGAGACGGUGUGUGUGUGUGUGUAUUACUUUUAAGUGGUGAAAUAAUUCAUUAAUGUAAAUCCCAGAAGGUCUGCACAGAAGGUGUCAGAUCUCAAGAAUGGAGAAAGAGGUGAAGUCGUCAUACCUGCUUUCAGAGUUUUGGUACAGGAGUGACGGCUACGCUUUCCUGCCUUUUUUAGAUGGAGCAGACGCUUGCUUUGAAAAUGUGAAAUGUUCCAAAUGCUGGAGACAGUUUGAACCUGAACCUUCAACGCUGUUACGGGCGACUUUUUCAGACUGGUUGGUGUAAAAGGCACGGUGGUUUCGAUCAGGCGAAUUAUGUUUUAUACUCUGCUGUGUAUGAUCCCUGUCAUGAUACAUCCACUGAGGAGUUAAAGCAUAACCCCAGGUCUUGUUUUCAUAGUGAUGGCAAUAAUUCCUAUCGAUAAUAACAUUGUGCUCCAAGUUCUCGAAGCUGGACAGGGCAAGCAACAUGAGCACUUAAGUCGCCAUGUUGCCAUGUGCAGUAUUAUCAUAACUAACCGAAACAACCAUGAAAAACUAUGAAUAUGAGCUUCAAGUUGUAAUCAAGAGCUCACAAGCCAGCACUGGUUGAAAAUAAUCAGGAAAAAACUGGAUAAAAUGACUUAUUCAGCCAUUUUCCACGUAACCAGCUUUGAGACUUCUCUUCUAAAUAUAUUCUAGCAAAUAAAUGUUGCCAAGAAAGGAGAAACUGUGAUCAACUUCUCACAUAAUUUACACUUGCUGGUUGAAUUGUCUGGUCAUUUAACACAGUGGCAUUGAUGGAGGAAUGAGAGGACAUCAAUCUGAUUGGCUUGUAACGGUCAGUGAGUUUGAAAAAUUUGUUGUGUGGUCACUGCAGCCUCAGAUGUUCCUUGCAGAGUAAACACCAAACUGUAGGUCCUAACAUGGUAGCAUCUAGCAGCUGAUUACAGGGUACUUUAUAAUACUGUGUAUCCUACAUGAAACUGAUCUCAGUUACACCAUACAGGCUCAACACCAGGCUAAACAUUAGUCUUAUACAUGGAUACAUCCAUCCUUAUAUAUAUGGAUAUUAUUACAGUGUUUCAGCAUACCUUCAAACCUUCUAUCGGGGGUUUAAGUAUCCAAGCCUCAUCCCUGAAACUCAAGUAGAUGAGAGUUUCCAUCACUAGACGAUGCUGUUACAAUCUUGUUAGUGACCAGUAAGUGUUUUUAACUUCUUGCUUGCCGUUAAAAGAGUGUUUUCAUUGAAACACUCCACAGACGCAGCCUUAUUUGAGACUCUAAGUAUGUUUUUCCAUCUAUCCUGCACCAGGCGAAGACGUUUGGAUGUCCAAAUAUAAGUUCUGCUACACAUAUAUGAAUGGUCUGUGCAGUCUUCCUCAAUACCCAAACGGUCUCAACUGGACUUGUAGCAUGCAACACCACAGCUCGACACACAGCAGCUGCUUUGUAACUCAAACUACGAAACUAAUGUCAACACCCGCCCUCACUUUGAGAAGGUGUGGGAUGUUUCAGUGUUGAUAUUGUGUCUGUAUAAAUGGUAUGACGCCAUCUGUUUGUAGGCUGGUCCGCUAUUUGUGCGCUUGUGGAACACAAACCAAAGAAAGUCCAGCACUCAAAAUGAAAUGUAUUUGGUUUAAGGUGCUGGAGAAGACGCUGUCCUAAUAAACUGCUCUUGAAUGGUUAAGUUUUACUUAAAAGGUACAGCACAUAAUGACAUCUGAUGUCUUGAAGAAUGUCUUUAUCAGUUAACAAACAUAUUCUCUGUCCUGUAGCAGUGACAGUUAAAGGAGCUCUAUGCGAGAUUCAGAGGUUGUGUGCACACGGCUCUCAACAUGGAGGUAGCUGAGCCGCUAAUGGUGCUAGCAGCUAACUUUGCUAACACCAUGAAGUGCGGACAGAGCUAAUGGUAUUGGCACUACGUUUCGACAACGAUACUGUCCCUUCAUUUGAGUUAACCGCCGUAUGAAUACAGUGCAGAGCAGCAGCAAUUAGCUAGGGACACACACAGGGACUCACGUGCGCAUGCAACUUGCGCUUGCGGCCGGACCGUGCUCAGGACGCCAUUACUCCACUAUAUCUCUACAUAGCAAAUAGUUGUUUGCUGCUAUAUUAAUACUCUGAACAUCAUAUAGAGCUCCUUUAAUUUCUCAUUGUGGUGAUAGAUAUGCCUUCAGCCCUCUCGAAGACACGCUGAUAUUAUCAGAAAACUUCUAUUUUCUCACACUGUUUUUGUCACUGAUUGACAAGUGAGAGUUUCAGUUGCGUCAUGUGUUGUAAAACACCUAUUCAUCUACACAGCUGGUGUGUAAAGAAACUGUAAACUCGUCAUUUCAUAGUGGCGAACAGUAGUUAGCACACAGACAUGACAGAAGUGUAACAUUAAAGGAAUAGUUAGACAUUUUAGGAAAUGUGCUUCAUUACUUUCUUGCCUAGAGUUACAUGAGAGGAUUAAAACCACUUUCAUAUCUAUUUGAAUUUUAUCCAUUUAUCAUAUCUUUUCUGCCUAGCUUGUUAGCGUAGCUUUGUCUGAAUACUGGAAAUGGAGAAGACAGCUAGCCUGGCUCUGUCCAAAUGUAAAAACCAGCCCUGUAAAGUUUUUUAAAAUGAAUGCACAAUGUUUCAUUUGUUUGAUUCGUACAUAAAGUUUAAUUGUAAUGAACGGGUCUAGGAAAAAGUAACAAGACAAGAAAGCAAAAGAGCGGGUUUACAAAAAUGUUGAAGCUAUUCCUUUAACAGUUUGAUCAUUGCUAUCAUGAAUUGGAGGAAAAUGUAUUUUUCAAGGGUUUUCUUCCUUAUUGCCUCCAAUUUGAGUUCUUAAAGAUAUACUAUGCAGGUAUUGUUGGUUACUGCUUGUAAACACAACAUUCAGGAACUUUCCUGAAACGCCGAUAUGCUAGCAAACUAAGCUAACCCAACAGAAACCAGACCAACUCUGCCUUGCUCCCUCCCAGAUUCACUCUCAUUUUGGAACAAGCUGUUGCCUCACUAUAUUUCAGUUGUUUUGUGUUGUGUCCAAAAUUUCCACAGCUUCCUCUUGGAUGUGUGCUGUUACUAAAUGAUCACUACCUUUUUAUAAUGUCCCAGCCUGACCUUUGUGCUGUUAUUGGCUGGGGGCUACACGCUCAUAAACGUUCCGGACCCAGCAAAAUAAAAAGAAAAUACAGGCAGAGGGCAGAGUCUCUGCAGAUAAAUGCACCCCAACACUCUUCUACUGGGUCUUGUGUGAUAUGAUGAAGUUUUCUAGGAAAAUCCUGCAUAGUAUACUUUUAACUGUAUGACGUUUUCUUCCUCUCACAAGCACCUCUCAUUCUAAAACACCACUACAUACUCUAAAAUCUUGUGCUGUUAAUGUUCAUAAUGCAAGUUUUUAAAUAGAGCCAGAAACCUAAAAAGAGUCAGUAGAAUAUGAUGGCACUGACUCCAUUGUCUAAUGAGUUGGGUUGAAUGUUAUUUGUUACAAAGUUUCUCGGCCUGUUAUGGGCCAUGGUUUAUAAAACUUAACUUUUUGUCUGUACAGUAAAACUGCAUCCGAAUGCUACCAAUAUCUCUGGUCAAAUUACCCGUUUAUGGUCAGUAAAAACUCCAGUUUUAGCCCUGUAACCUAAUCCAAAGCAAACAAUCUUAAGAGAUGCAGCUUAAAACAUUUGUGUACGAACUUGAUCCCAGAUGUUUUAUUGGAUGUCUACACAAUUAGUGCCUUUGUAAACCUUCAGGUUCCAGAUCUGUGGUUUGCUCUUCAAAACGGGGAUGAGAAUAAACCAUGAGCUGUUAUAUCAUGUGAAUCAUUUGACAUGUACUUGAUUGCUAAAGCUGCUACGUGUAGAAUUUGAACCUUGAUGACUUUCGCAACUUCCUUAAUCCCUUACUGGUCGUGUAUUACAUCAGUACAAAUCCAGGAAAUCUCAGAAAGAGGUGAUUAAAAGGUGUUCAGAGAUUUGGAGGUGUAAUCUCGUCUCUUCCAGACUCUGCUCCUUUUUUUACUCCCCUGUCAAAGGCUCUUUUUUCAUUUUAUUGACGAGGAUGCAGCUGUUGGGAGCGGUGUAUUUUUGAUGCUUCCUGCCUCUGAAAUUUGAGUUGCUGAGGCAGUUCUCUUCCUGUCUCCUUGGUUGAUGCUGUCAAGAAAUUUUGCACGUCAUACUUGGACUAUAUAUACAUAGAAUAACUCGCAUUCUUUCUACAUAUAUUCUCUUAAGAUCAAUUUGAAUCUUCUACACGAAGCAACUUUAACUUCCAGAACGUAUAACAGCCUUAAAAUCAGUCAUGUCACUUGCAAAACACGUAUUCAGCUAUGAUUUUGCACUUGUUUGUGGUUGUUCUGUGCUAAAUCUCCCUCAAAAGUACAACUACCUGAUCCUCUUUGAGACGGUCUUUAUUCCACAGGCACACGGUGCUCCUUGGACAGUAGCUCAACUGUAACUAAACCCAGCACAAGAGAGAUAAGAAAGGUGCUUUUAAUUGAACACCAGCAAAUUGUAGCCAAAAUCGUACUGUUAGCAGUUGAGUAUUGUGUGAUUUUCCAACUUUUACAACCCCUUUUUCAUGUGAUUAUUGGAUGUGUAACGAGCUGUCAUCUCAGGGUAAACUUGUGGCAAAAUGUCUCCUGAUAGGAAGUUAUCGACACGUCUUUUACCUUGGAGGGGCAAAUAAUGAUGAAAACAUUUGAACACGAUUGUAAUGUGACACAUGAAUAACUGGCCAAAUGUAAACAUACUUGCAGCAACUGUAAUGGAUUUAUUUCUAUGUAGAUGAUGUUUUGGUGUGAGUCUCUGUAAAUCAAACACAAAGGGCUUCUUUCUAAAGCCGCCAUUUUUGCACCAAGUUUGAACAAGUGCAUGAAGAAAUCAGUUGUUGGAAGAGAUGGAAUUUUUCUACUUAGAGUGGCCUCAGUAGACCAGAGUGCAGUGCAACCACAAAGACUUCACAUGUUUUGACUGAAGUGAAGUGAUUACUGUAAUCACAGUCACGCCUCGGUGUUCACUUCACACUCCUGCUUUAUUGGUUGUUUAGAAGCACUCUGGGAAAUGUAGGAAGGGUGUGGACAUACUUCGACAUGCACAGAAUAACUUGAUCAGAGACAGAUGAUGUUCAAUGAGAGAGUUAGAAAGCUGUCAAACGGCCAUGUCGCAGUCACCAAAAAACGUUUUUCCUUUGCCCCAUGAAAACAAAAAUGCAUACACUUAUUUUUCGCUAAAACUUUCCCCUUUAGCUGACCUGUGUUGAGGCCUGGGUUUCAUCAGUUGAAUUGUAGCUUGUCAGUCAGCCAAGAAAAACACAAGAGACCCAUAGAGGUAUUAAAUGUAACAGAUCAUUUUUACAGCCAAUUGUUAGCAUUGAUUAGCUUUUCUAAUUACUGGCUACAGCUGUUUAUUUGGUUUGAAUCUGAGAGACCAGAGAAGUGAAAUGUGUGACAUCAUAUUUAUACUGUAUAUCAUUCAUCAUAAUCAUUCAUUAAAUCACUAUAGUGGAAAAAAGGUGUUAAUGUAUUUGUGUUGCAUAAGAAUAAGAGGUUCUUCAGAGAACAUGUGAAGCCUGUGUUGUUACCAUCCAUCAUUACUCCUGUUCUUUGAUCUAUGAAUGACCAUACUACUGUUUCUUUGGACAAUUAGUCUCAAUGCCAUCAUAGUUAUGAUACUGAUAUGAAUUUAAUAAAGUGAUUCCAUGCUUUUCAGG